AUGGGUACCCAGGCUUCCAAGCACGAGCGGGCUCACUCUGGGAGGAAGGCUUCUAGAAAGCCAUCCCGGUCCCAGAGGGACCCUGACUCUCCUCUCGAAUUUGUAAUCAUCCAUUGGAAGUCGAUUCCUGGCCACAAACUUCUAUCGAAGCAAAAACUAGAGAACCUCUGCACAGAAAUCUGGCCCGCCAACACCACUUCCGCCCGACCAGAAUUACGUUGGCCCAAGGGAGGUUCGUUUAACGAAGACCGACUGAAACACCUAAGGAGACACUUAAUGGAAGAAAAACCCCGCCAGUUAGAAUAUUUGGCAGCCUUCGAGACAGUUAAAGGAUUACUCCAAGUCUCGAAGGGAGCACCAUCGUAUCAGCUGCCCAUAUUAAAUCCCGGAAGGCAGCCUAUGCCCCCCCCUUACGAAGGACACUUCGCUGAUGAUACAGUAGAACAAGCCCUGGUUCCCUUCUACUAUAGGGAACCGACACCACCCAUCCCUAGCGAUAGCUCGGAUAGUGACGAAGAAACGGGGGAUGGAGGGGCACGAGGAAGUAAGAACCAGAGGCUCACGAGGUUACAAGCCAGAAAGAACAACCCCAUCGUAGAAACCCGUAGCCUUACAGAGCGCCCUAUAGAAGAAACUGAAGAAACCCCGGGAACUUCUGGACAGGGAAGUUCCACAGCGGUCCAGAUGCCCCUAAGGGCCCUACCGAUUCCGCCCAUCCAACCCGACGGGGCCCCCGGAUGGUUUAUACGCACCAGCCCUUUUAUACUGCCGACCUAGUAACCUGGUCAAAUCAAAUGCCCUCUCUAAGGGAUGACCCAGAUAAAUGCCAUCGCCAGAUCAGCGCCAUCUUUUCCACUCACAACCCCACUUGGCCAGAUGUCCACGUUCUUUUAAACGCCCUAUUCAAUGAAGCUGAAAAGGCGGACAUUCUGACCAAAGCCGGAGAGGCCAUAGAGUCACCGGACUACCAGAGGGGACGUCCCGCGGCAUUAGCGGCCCUCUCAGCCCAGUGCCUGCGUAUAGAACCUACAUGGGACUACAAUACCACCAACGGGAUUUGGUGCUUAAAUCUAUUUAAAAGGGCUAUCUUAGACGGUGUAAAAGCCGCUGGACAGCGUACUGUCAACUGGACCAAGGUCCAAACUGUACUACAGGGACCAAAUGAACAUCCAUCGGAUUAUUACACUAGAUUGGUCUCCGCCAUCAAGACCUGGGGAGGGAUAGACCCGGAGAACCCCCAACAUGAAGUAAUCGUUAAGGGUUUCUUCAAAGACCAGGCCAGCCCAGAUAUAAGAAAAGCCCUGAAUCUCCAAAUAGGAUAUGAUGGGAAGAGCGUUAGCGAAAUCUUAUCCAUCGCCAAAUCAGUUUAUAACUCUCGGGAUGAAAGGAAACGAAAGGAAGCAAAACCUGAGACUGAACACAUCUUAGCGCUGAGCAUGGAGCCUAACUCCAGCCGGGGCAGAAGUUUUAACCGAGGAAGAGGGGGCCGGGGAGGAGGUCCCCCCGCUCCCCACAGACCAUGGGGGCCCAACACCGGAGGAUGCUAUUACUGCCAAGAAGAGGGACACAUAAAGAGGUUUUGCCCCUACCUAAACACCACAACCUAUGGAGUACAAGGCUCUAAACCCUUUCCGGCUCAGACCAAUUAUCCUCCUUUCCCGAUGCGCCCACAUUCCAACAUAACCCAGGGAUAUGGCAACCAACAACCCACUAUGCAAGCACCUCCAAACCACCGACCUCAACCGGGCACACAGGUUCAAAUGCCCGCUAUGACUCCAGCCACUCAUUCUUGGGCAAAUGCCACCGCUCCUCCCUUACACCCCCAACCAGCCACCUCCUGAAGAUCAAGACACAUACUGACAAUUAAAGGGGAAUCUCAGUCCGGCCCAAGCCAUCUACCCUGUCCUAGCAUUAUCGCCAGAUGACCCUAUCUGCACGAUUGAGAUCGAUGGCCACCCCUAUCGAUGUUUAUUAGAUACGGGAGCUACGUACUCGACCCUGACUAGCAGCCACCUAGAACCCGGGUCAGAAACCAAGAAAGUUAUGGGACUGGACGGGAUACCCCGCACUUGCCCUCUCUCACAACCGGCCAGAGUCACCCUCGGACCCUUAUUGGCGGAACACACCUUCCUCCUAACGAGCAGCCCAGUGAAUCUCCUUGGCAGAGACCUACUCUGCAAACUCAAUGCCACCAUAAAAUGUUCUGAAGAUGGCAUCUACCUGUACAUGCCCGAAGACUCUGUCCCUGCCUUUCAAGGCAUGGUAUUAGAGGAAAAAUUAGAUCGCCAGUUUCCCGAACUUCCCCCAGAACUAGAGAAUGAAUUACCUCCUUCACUGUGGGGCACGGAAUCAACUUCUGUAGGAUUGCUAUUAUCUGCCACCCCGGUAAGGAUUACCUAUAGAACUGAUCGGCCCUUCCCUUGCACCAAGCAAUACCCUCUACCCAAAGAAGCAAUCGACGGACUGACACCUAUGAUAGAAGAUUUCCUCAGCAAAGGGAUCCUUGUUCCCUGUGCGUCACCUUGUAACACCCCAGUGCUCCCCAUAAAGAAACCCUCCACAGAAGGAGCCCCAGUCCGGUACCGUUUUGUCCAAGACCUGAGACUGGUAAACCAAUUCGUAAUACCCCGCCACCCAGUCGUGGGCAACCCUAACUCCCUCUUAAAUGCCAUCCCGGCGGGAACAACCUGGUACUCUGCAGCGGAUCUAUGCUCCGCCUUCUUCAGUAUACCCUUGGACCCCGCCAGCCAAUUCCUUUUUGCAUUUACCUGGGGACCCAGCCAGCUAACUUGGACAAGGCUGCCCCAAGGCUACGUAGAAUCACCCGCGAUCUUUUCCGCCAUAUUACACCAGGACCUACAGGACGUGUGCCUGCCUGCUAACUCCGCCCUCCUUCUCUACGUAGAUGAUAUUUUAUUGUGCUCUACUAGUGAAGAGGCAUGCAAAUUAGACACUAAAUAUCUCCUCUCAGAACUAGCCCGGAAAGGACACAAGGUGUCCCCUAAGAAGUUACAAUAUUGUAAACAGGAAGUAAAAUACCUCGGACACAUCCUAGGAGUGGGUACCCGAAGCCUAGCCACCGACAGAAUCGAGGCCGUUACCAGAAUUCCCCUCCCUAAGACUAAGCGGCAAUUACGCGGCUUCCUUGGUAUGGCAGGCUUCUGCCGAGCAUGGAUUGCCGGCUAUAGCGAAAUAACGAAGCCUUUAACCGCUAUGACCCGCCAAGACCACCCAGAUACCCUGGUCUGGGAAGAGGAAGCUUAUAAAUCCUUCGAACGCUUAAAAAGAGAAUUACGGUCCGCUCCUGCUUUAGGACUGCCAGACUACCGGACUCCUUUUAACCUGUUCAUCCAUGAACAAAUGGGAGUCGCCUCAGGGGUCCUAACCCAACCCUUCCGAGAUCAGGAAAGACCAGUAGCCUAUUACAGUCUACAACUAGACAACACCGCAAAGGGAGCAGUGAGUUGUUUAAGAGCUAUUGCCGCCGCUGCGAUCCUCCUUGAGAAAGCCCAGGAAACAGUCUUGGGACAUGAAAUUACCAUCCAUGUUCCCCACUCGGUCUCCACCCUCUUAACCUUGAGAGGUUGUCAUCACUUCUCAAACUCUCGCCUAAACCGAUACGAAGCCCUUCUAUUAACCCCAUCUAACGUCACCAUCAAACGCGUCAAUUCCCUGAAUCCAGCUACCCUAUUACCCCUUCCUGAUGAUGGCACCCCACACCACGACUGCGCUACCAUAGUCCGCCAAGCCGAGAAACCGCGGGAGGAUCUAGACCACCUUCCCUUAGAAAACCCUGACCUCAUACUGUACACUGAUGGCAGCUCAAAGGUCAUCGAAGGGGAAAGGAAGACAGGGUACGCAGUCGUCUCUGACUUUGAAGUCCUGGAAUCCAACCCAAUUAACCCACAGUAUAGCGCCCAAGCCGCUGAAUUAAUUGCACUCAUACGUGCUUGUGAACUUGGCGAAGGGAAGAGAACCACCAUUUACACGGACAGUAAAUACUGCUUCGGGCUCGUACACACAACCGGUCAAAUUUGGCUUCAAAGGGGCUUCUUAACUGCAGCCGGCUCCCAAAUUUCACACGCCGCCCUAGUAGAGAGACUUCUUACAGCCAUUCACUUACCGAGUGCAAUAGCAGUAGUCCACUGUAAAGCACACACCAAAGGGAGGGACCCGGUCUCAAAGGGAAACAGACGGGCUGAUAAAGCUGCCCAAAUUGCUGCCCUUCGCCCCCCAAAUAAUGAGUCCGAAUUUCAAGCCUUACAAUUACCUACAGACAUAGACGCAACACAAAUAUAUGAUUCAGCCCCAGAGGAGGAAAAAUCAAAAUGGGAAUCCGUGGGCGCAACUGAACAGAAUGGUAUUUGGACCCUCCCCGAUGGCAGGACAGUCCUUCCAAGAGCCUGGGUUCCAAAAUUAGUGAGAAUCCUCCACCAACAGACUCACUGGGGAAAAUGGAGAUUAAUAGACCACGUUACGAGGUCCUGGUACGCCCCAGGGAUAGCCACCGCAGCUACAGCAGCCUCCAAGAACUGCAUUACCUGCCAUCACUUCAACCCCAAACGUGAGCCCAAAAGGAAACCACCAGGAGCUAGACCGUGGGCCUUUGUCCCCUUUGAGAGUUUACAGCUAGACUUUAUCGACUUACCCCAAUGCCAAGGCUUCAAGCAUGCCCUGAUUAUAAUAGAUCAAUUUUCCUCUUGGGUGGAGGGAUUCCCCUGUCGAAAGGCCACCGCAUCGGUAGUCGCUAGGGCCCUCCUUCAAGACAUCAUUCCUCGAUAUGGGAUACCCCGCCGCCUAGACAGUGACAGGGGAACUCACUUCACUGCAGAAGUGGUACAAUUGGUGGCCAAAGCCCUCCAAAUAAAGUGGGACCUUCAUACACCGUACCACCCACAGUCCUCUGGUCAAGUAGAACGUAUGAACCAGGAGAUAAAAAUGCAACUGGGAAAACUCUGUAGACUCUCGGGGCUGAAAUGGGUAAAUGCACUCCCACUGGUCCUUCAUAAUAUACGAAGUGCCCCAACAGGACCUUUGAAACUUUCCCCAUUCGAACUUCUAUUCGGGAGACCCCCUCCCGUAUACAACACCUUGUUUCCUCUCUCAGAACUGGACGUGGGGGAGGCGGAACUCACUAACUAUAUUAUUCAGCUUCAGACACAGCUACUACGCCUCCACCAGUACGCGGCUAUCGAGGGACAAAACCUGCCUAUUGACGUCCAUGCCCACUCUUUCCAUCCCGGCGACUGGAUCCUCGUUAAGGUCUAUCAGAAGGCGCCGCUCCAACCUGCGUGGGAAGGUCCUUACCAAGUACUACUGACCUCCCCGACUGCCGUGAAAGUGGGAGAGAAAAACGCGUGGCUACAUCACACGAGGUGCAAAACAUCCCCACCACCCCAAGAGACGCUAGAAAACCCCGAGGAGGACUACGCCUACGAGACCCCACCCCACUCGCCGGCUACCUACAUCGACGACGACGAGGAACAGACCGGACCGGAUCGGGGCCAAGAUCGGGCUCAACAGACCGGACCGGAUCGGGGCCAAGAUCGGGCUCAACAGACCGGACCGGAUCGGGGCCAAGAUCGGGCUCAACAGACCGGACCUGACCGAGGCCAAGUUCGGGCCCAACAGACCGGACCUGAUCAGAGCCAAGUUCCGACCCAACACGCCAGACCGGACGUUACAGCACCUAACUGGACGUCCGAGAUCGUCCCAGACUCCAACGCCAUCAAACUUCGCCUUAAGUGCCUUUGA